GCUGUCAUAUGAUCGAAGGUAGAUGAAUGAAAUCUUGUGAUCUUGGGUUAGGAAAAAUAAUAGAAUAUAAAUUUUACUUAUUAUUUAUCAAAGAAAGUUAAUAAAAUGUUGAAAUUAAUAUUUAUUAUAACAUUAGUGUUAGCUACAGUAUUUGCUGAUAAAGAUUUCGUCGUUCUUCAUAGUCCAAGUAGUCUUGAAGUUGAAGGUGGCAAAGCCAUCAAUCAGAGUCUACUGAGAGAAGUUCUAACUGGAGUAAUUGGAUAUCGUGUCAGAGAACACGAUUGGAAAGGAGUUUAUAUCAAAAACAUUUUCGAUUUACCUGAAGCAGUAGUCAUUAUUGCUAUUGAAGAUGUUGAAUCAGUGAACUCUCCUUACGGUACACGAUUUCCUCUAUAUGUUGAUGAACUUGAAGAGACAACUUGGCAAGUAGUAUGUCGUGUAGUUGAAGGAAAUAGAAUGAACAACACAUUAAUCAGAAUGCGUGUUGGAGAUGGUCUUACUGCAUUGGGCCACUCAGCAUUGGGUGAACUGAAUCCCAAUUCAAUCGAUAAACCAGUGUUGAAGUAUCUAGACUUAGAAAAUAAUGUUGAUAGAGAUUUUAUUGAAGAAAUUCAGUUACUUCGAGCAAUUGCCAAAAAAGUUCCAUCAACAAUUAUUCCUAAUUCAAAUCCUGAUGUUUAUUGGUUCGUCGUAUGCAAUCUUCGACCACUUAUUGAUAGUCAUAAAGACACCCCAUUAGCUGUUGAUGAAGCUUUCCGUAUACUUAAUGAGGCUUUAGAUGAUCUUUCUGUCUCAUUUGUAGAUGCUUAUAAGGGAAAUGUUUUUAUUGCUGCAUUUACAAGUGAUACGAAUGCAGAACAGAAUGAUGAAUCAGAAACAAGUAUACGAGUUCGUAGAGAAGAACAACAGGAGAAAUCCGAUUCAUCUACAGAAAAUCCUAGAGAUGCGACAUCAUCAUCAGAAACAAUAGAGAAUGAAGAAACUAACAAGGAUGUGAAAAUGACCACUGAAGCAACUGAGAGUAGUAAAAGUGAUGUGAAUGAAAACACAAAUGAAAUAGAAAAAUCCUCAGAAUCAAAUAAUGAUGAAGUAACUGAACUUCCUGGUCUCGAGUUGAACCAUCGGGAACACGAGGUUCACUCAAUGACCGAAAGUGAAGUCAUUAAAAAACCAAUUCAGCUCAAAGACGCGAACCUCGCUAAAAAGUACAGUGCUAACUAUCCAGUUAUUUUCAACAUAUUCCUUUGGUUUGGCGUAACUUUCUUGUUUUCACUUAUCGCCAUUUGCAUUGCCAUCGCAGAGAUGGAUCCUGGACGAGACUCUAUUAUCUACAGAAUGACUUCAAACAGAAUGAAGAAAGAUAAUUAAGUUUACAAAGAUUUGUGAGAAUAAAGAUAAACUUAACAUUCA